AUGCACGGACAAUGUUUGCAGUUGGAGGAAGAGCUAGCUGCUUGCGUUUCUUCUGCUUUUGAAAUCCUGUCGGUGGAGUCAGACAGACACUCGACUCUUCAACAGAGGGGAAGAAUAGGUACACAUAGCAGUACUGCCUUCGUGUCUGCUUCUUUUCUCUCUUCUGUCGGGCACUCACUACCCCCACUAAAAGCUGCCCCACGAGUGCGUAUUGGGAUUCGAGCUAAGAGGGAGCGCUCAGUUCCACCGGAGGUAGACAAAGACACAGAGGCGGCGCUGAGAGGGGAACACGCAGUCGGCAAGAGCGAGACAGUCACGGGAAGCGAAUCGUCGCUGGGCGAUGGAGAAAAAGCGAUAGAGCAUGGCAACGCCGACCUCGAGAAGGGACGCAGUGACAGCGACGGCUGCGCAGAAGACGACAGCAAUCUUGUGUGGUGGGAUGGCGAGCACGAUCCUGCCAACCCGAUGAACUGGGGCGCGCUGACGAAAUGGAGUCACGUCGCCAUUGUGUCCGCCAUCACGUUUGUCGUACCACUGGCUUCGUCCAUGUUUGCUCCCGGUGUCAACCAGGUCAUGGAAGAGUUCAACACCUCCAACGAUCUGCUGGCGUCUCUCGUCGUUUCGAUCUACGUCCUGGGCCUGGCCUUCGGUCCGCUGGUGCUGGCGCCGGCCUCCGAAGUGUACGGCCGCUGGAUCUGCUAUACCGUCUGCAACGUCCUCUACGUCGUCUUCACCGUCGCCUGCGCCGUGUCUACUAAUCUGCCUAUGCUGAUCGUCUUCCGAUUCCUGGCCGGUUGCAUGGGCUCGUGUCCUCUGGCGGCCGGGGGCGGAACCAUUGCAGAUCUGUUUUCUGUCCAUCAACGAGGAACGGCUCUCUCGCUCUAUACUCUGGGGCCAGUCUGUGGUCCUGCCGUUGGGCCUGUGGCCGGCGGGUUUCUGUCCCAGGCCAAAGGAUGGAGGUGGAUUUUCUGGGUUCUGGCCAUCGCGAGCGGAGCAAAUACAGUGGCCCAGAUUCUGUUUUCGCGCGAAACCUACGCAGUCAUCAUCCUCCAACGCAAAACCGAGCGGCUGCAAAAGCAGACCGGCAACAAGCAGCUGCGGUCGAAGCUGGAUCGGGGCAUCUCCAGUAAAGAGGUUCUGAGGCGCGCAAUUGUCCGGCCUACCCAGAUGACCUUGUUUUCUCCUAUCAAUAUCAUCCUUGCCGUUUCGUCCGCCUUUGUCUACGGCGUUCUCUACCUGCUGCUCACCACCUUUCCGAUGGUGUUUGGGGAGGUCUACGGCUUCUCGAUGGGCAUCUCCGGCCUUACCUACAUCGGCCUGGGGGUGGGUAACGUUCUCGGUCUGCUGGUCUUCACCUUUACUAGCGAUCGAUAUGUGAGCGCCCGCGUGGCCAAGGGCGAGGCCAAACCGGAAGACCGUUUGCCUCUGAUGCUGGUCUCCGGACCUUUGAUCGCGGCAGGUCUGUUCUGGUACGGCUGGAGCGCGCAGACCCAUACGCAUUGGAUCGUUCCCAUCAUUGGCUCCGCAUUGGACGGAAUCGGGAACAUGAUGUUCUUCAUGCCAAUUAUGGGGUAUCUGGUGGAUGCCUUCACCGUCUACGCGGCCUCAGCGCUGGCCGCCAACACAGUGCUGCGGUCUAUCGGAGGGGCAUUACUCCCGCUGGCAGGCAGGAGCAUGUAUCAGGCGCUAGGCUUUGGCUGGGGGAAUUCCCUGCUGGCGUUCCUAACCAUCGCCUUCACCCCAGCGCUGUUCCUGAUCUACCGAUACGGCGAAACAAUCCGGUUGAAGUAUCCUCUCAAUCUGUAA